AAAAAAGACCCAGAAACAAGAUAGCAGCAGUAGCAAUAAUAACAACAGCAACUACAACAGCAAUGACAGCAGCAACGAUAACAGCAAUGACAACAGCAAUGAUAGCAGCAACAAUAAUGACAACCACCACAGCAACAAAAGAAGAGGCAGAAAAACAAGAAGAGCCUCAAAAAGAAGUUGUAGGGAAUUCAAAUAAAGAUAUCGGGAGCGCCACCGCACCAACGAGAAAAAUACUUGGUGCAGCAGAAUCUAAAAAAGAAAAGCAGGAACGUAAAAAAAAUAGAGAACAACAAAGAAUGACAGCAGAAAAAGGAGUUCACCUACCUUCACCAAACGAUAAGAUAUCAGAAACGGAUGAUGAACUUGCCGAUGAUAAAAGAAGGAAAAGAAUUCAAUAUUCUCUUGAUGACAACCGCAAUAAUCAUGUGGUGAAGGUCAUAAAAAAAGGAUGGUGGUCAAAAAAAUUAAAGCAAAUUUUGUUGCUAUGCAAAGAUACUUCGCUAGUACAAAAUUAUAAUAAGCUAAAAUGGAAUCGCUGGGAAACUGAUAUCGAUGAUAACUUAACACCACCAGCUAGGGCUUCCAGCUAG